CAGAACAAUAGCAGAGUUUUGUUUAGGAAGCAGCUGCAGGAAAAAGGGGAGUGCACUUUGGAGAAGAGAGUAGCAGUGUAUUUUUCCAGACUGUGUUUUUAUUCAGUUGGGGCACUUCAAUGAGUAACAGCAGUCGCAAUGGCAGAGUGAAGAGCAACUCUCGUACCUCAGGUUUGGAUAAGGAUUAUACAACACAAGAAUGUAGAAAGGACAAAUCGAAUUAUUGUACCAAUAUUGAAAUUCUGCCUAACCGCACUCCAUGGAUUACAGUGUGCCGCCACAAGACCAGUCAGUGAUGGCUUCUGCAGCAUGGCUUUGUCCCAGUGCAACCUGCUGUGACUGAAGCAUUAGCAACAUGUUCAGUGUGGAGGACCUCCUGAUUUCUCAUGGCUAUCAACCCCCAAAGAAAAGUUCAAGAGACAAGCCCCCAUCCUCCGAUGAGAACACCUACACCAGCUGCCAUUGUGAAGUCAGGGAGAACGAGUCCAGCCACGGAACAGUGAAUGGAUAUGAGACCGACACCGGGGCCUACUCUACCAGCAGGCAGGCACGAGUGGAGGACUACUACAGUGACAGUGAGGGCAGGGAAAGGAAUGCAAGAAGACAGGCUGGUGUCGGCUGCUGUGCUGAUCUGCAGGAUUUGCCCACGUUUGCAGCAAAGGAAGCAGGGUUAACCAGUGGUCCUCCAUUACCGUGUUCAUCUAGGCCCAAACCUGGUAAGGAUGUCACCUAUUGGAGACGAAGAGGACAAGACUUCAGUGUUUUACUGGAUUACACAAACCGAGGAGACUCGGGCUACAAAGGAAAUAAUGUGACAAAAACUCAAAACAUUCCAAAAGCUGAACAACGAGGCAAAAGUUUACAAGAUACACAGCCGAAGAAUGCGCAGCAUAAAUCAGAAGUACUUAGAAUAAAUGACCAAAAGGGUUGGAUGUCAGAAGGUCAGAGUGUGAUGGUGAAAGAGAGGUGUGAAGACAAGUGGAGAAUGCCAGUGGAGCGUAAGUGUCAAAGCUUGGGUACGGAGGAAUGGAAAGCUUCUUUAGGAAGACAGCUGUCUGAUGGUGAUGGAAACAGAAUGAGACAUGGUGUAUUGCCUCACGUAGUUGGUGAUGAAACAUUAAAAAGAGAAGGAUUGCCACAUAUAAAAAAGGGAAAGUCUCAGUCGUUGCCCAGAGUUAUACCAGAAAGUAACGGUAAGGAAUUUCAGACAGGUCUACAUUAUGUGGAUAUGUCUGGGUUUGACAGAAAUAGAUUGGAAAAUCAAUGCUUGAAAGAUGAUCUUUUGUUGCAGGACGAUGGCUCUUAUUGUAAUCCUAAAAUAAGUUCAAAAUUGACAGAAAACCUAAGGCAGAGUGCUCAGUGUGCACAGUUGCCAAAAGCUAAGUUGACUAGACCACUGAAACCUCCCUCCUAUGAAUUGUAUCAGCAAAUUAGGAGAAGUUCAGAAAUGAUACCUAAUCUCCAUGUACAUGGAGAAACUGAUGGGCAAAUAGCUUAUUUUGCCAAGGACAAUGAAGAAAGUGCUGACCAUAAUUGCUGCCCUCCAGCUCCUGCUGGUAGCAGCUUGGAGCCUCCUGUCUAUGUGCCUCCCCCAUCUUACAAAGCACCACCUCAACAAAAAGUUGGUCAGAAAUGUUUUGACAAAGUGCCUACUUGCAACAACACAUGUCAGCCCUACCAAUCAACACAGACUCUUAUCGAUCGAUCUCAUUGGGGCUUAGAAAAUCAGGAAAGCAAUCGUGCUCAUCAGAAACGCAUGUCUCAUGAUAAUGGUGCAAAGCAACAUCUGCAAACUAAGAAUGUAAAUAAUGAUAUGGGUAAAGAUGUCCCUCACACUAGGGAAACCUGUAGUUCAUCACAUAAUGGAUAUACAGAUGACCAAAAGGCUUUUGUCAAGUACAUACCAUUUAAUGAUCCUCGACUUAGACACAUUACUAUAGUGCAGUCUGAAAAGCAAUACAAUGAAGCAGAUAAUAAGUAUGAACAAUGGAAUGCAAAGGACCAUGUUACAGAUGUAAGCAAGACAUUUGGACCGUCAGACCACUGCAGUGCCUUUUCUGUUCCAUCAGGGCCAUAUUACUCCACUCAGGCAGGCCUGAGGCCUAUUGCUGAUACGACUAGCAACAGAUGGUUUGUAGCAUCCAAGCCAGAGAGCGAGAAUGGUACUAAGUCUGAACAUUGUUGUAAACAGUAUGUUGACAACCAGUGUGACUCCUCAUUUAAGUAUAAUUCACUUUCAACGACAAACCAUCCAGUUAGCUUUCCACAUUCAAAUAACAAUUCUAAAGCAGAACUGCUUGUAAAUCCAGGCACUGUUGAAACUAUAACCCAAGUAAAAAAGUGGGAACCAGAUUCCCAGAAUUUUGAGGUGCAAGAAAAGAAACGAUCAAAAAGAAGAAUGACAGAAACGAUAUUUUGUCUGGUUUCUGUGCCAGUUAAAACAUGUGAAGGAGAGUCAAAUAAAGAUACAUUUAUUAACGAUAUGAGAAAUGGAAACAUUGAAAGGGUUAUGAAUGAUAGUACUGGAAACUUAACAGAGCAAAGUUUUUUAAGCAUGUCUUCCUCUGACUUGGAGUUACAAGCAUUGACAGGAAAUAUGAUCUCAGAAAGCGGGUUGAAGAGACCUGAGCCCUGGAAUGAAGUUAGCAAUAGACGUGCAGUUGGCUAUAAUUUUAACCAACACAGAGAAUUAAGAGCCUCUGGCUCUUGGCCAGGUAACCAGUACAGAGAUCAAGAAACACAAACAAGUUUCAUUAAAGCUCCUCAUACCACUCGGUCAUUUAAUGGUGCCAUAAAAAAGGUUGGAACAGGCAACCAGAUGCAAAGUCAGAACUAUUCAGAGCCUGAAUCCAGUGUAUUAUUGAAAGGGGAUAAAGCAAGUACAGAAGUUACAGCCAUCAAUGACCAGAAACAUAAACUGAGUAACUAUUCAAUAAAUGGUCAGACAAGCUUAUAUCCAUCUACCAACAGUGCUUUCUCCAGGACAGCUCCUAAACAGUAUCAGGUCAAUCACGUUAACUCACACCAAAGGCAGGUUCAUGGGGCUUCGAAAAGCUUAUGUGAAAGGGGCACAGAUGUAAUUGCAGAAGAUCAGGUGGAAGUGAGCAGAGGUUGUGUACGGACUUCAUCAAAUAAUGGCAAAGAGGCUGUAGGGUUUGGUCAAUUCCUCUUGAAACCUGUGAACCGUCGUCCCUGGGAUGCAAUCAGUGAAUUAGAAAGUUUCAACAAAGAGAUUCAGGAACAAGAGGAUCGUAACAUUCAGGCAUUGCAGAAGGAAAAUGAAGAUGAUGUGCUUACUACAAUUCAGGCAACAAACUCUGACAAAGACUUUUCAAACAGUCAGAUGACAGCCUACCAGAAACCUGAGCUGUGUGUUCCUGAAAAACCAUUAGCCAAGCUGACCAAGCCCAAAGUAAAGGAGGACAGCAGCAGUGAUACUAAUUGCUCAGGUUACAUGAAUAUUACCCCUGAUGUGCAGGACAUUUCUAAAAGAUCUGACAACAGCAAAUUGAGCAGCCAGUCAAGCAACCUAUUCCAUAAACCCAUCAACAAAAGAACAACAGACACUAAAAGCAGCACAAUUCUAAAUGUAUUCACCACGAAAAAUGCACAAAUCACUAAAUUAAAAAAUGAAAAGAAUGUGGAAAGCACCAAUAACAAAAGGCAAUGCAUAAACAUCAAUGGAGUUCGAACGCCUAUGUAUCAGUUAAGUCAAACAAAGACAGAAAGCGCAAACGAUGCAGGCACAUCAGUCAGAGUGAUGUCGCAAGGGAAAAAACCUGUGCCAACUCCCAAAACGGAAUGUGACUGCAGCAUUGGAAAAGUGUUAUCUCAAUUUGACAAUGAUCAGGAUUAUUCAGAACCUGACCUGAGCGCUCUAAGCUAUCACAAAAGCACAAAACCAAAAAUUGACAACCUGAAUGACCUCUUUGAACAGAGAAUUGCAGAAGGAAUUUCCAAAAAUGAAUCAUUAGAAGAAAGAGCUGCCAGGAUUUUAGGAAUAGAUGUAGCAGUAGAAACCUUGAUUUCUCCAGGGAAGAAGAUGCUGCAUCAGGAUGCAGGAAAAAAUGAAACAAAGCCUCCUGCUGAAAUGGAAUUGGGCUAUACCUGUGAUCAUUUUAUAGCAGACAGGAAAAAUGCUUUAGAAGAACAACCAGGGCACGUCGAAGAGAAACCUUCAGGCUUCAACAAACUGUCAGAAUGGAAACACAACCCUCUCUAUGGAAUCUCAAAUGGAAAUACUGUGCGAGAGAAUAAAUUGCCAAAACAUGCUGCUGAAAGUAACAAAGAGUUGGGGAAAAGGGCCAUCAUAAAUGAAUUCUUCCAUGGACCUUUCAAGGAGUUUUAUAAUUGGGCUGACAAAAAUUGCUGUCUGAGCGCAGAAAGAAAAAUUGUCUGCGUCCCAGGGGCAGACAGGAAAGUUCGAAACACUUCGGAGAUGAUUGAAGCCUUGCAAGGUAAAAUUGCAUCGUCCCCAAGCCGAACGGCUCUGGACCGCCUGGCCAGAAUGAAAGAAGUAGAUUCGGUUUCCCGUAUCAGACGUCUCAGCAUUAAAAGUACAGAUUCUGGUGAUGAACUUGAUGAGGAAACAUGUAGCACAGAGCGAGGAGCAGAGAAAACAGUUUACACAUUGGCCAGGAGGGAAGAUACCUGCACAACAAGGAAGCGAGUCAUAUCACUGGACCAGGAUUUGGAAUCUUUAGUGUCUUCAGUAACAGCUGAUUCGGAGAACAAAGAGACUGCAGAUGCCUAUGAUCCCAGCAAAGUUGAGACCGUGUGAAACAAAAGGAGAUGACAGGAGCAAAGAGAUUUCAGGAAAAUGUUAUGGAUUUUACACUGUGAUCUGUUCACAAGACUGUCUUUCAUCAAAUGCAAACUUCUGGACUGCCUUCUGCACACACUGUUUAUAUUAAUAAAUACAUUGAUAAACUGCUGUAUCACUGCCAGGAAGAUAUUAGUCAGGCACAUAAACCACUGUUAACCACCUAGUGUCUGAACAUAUAUCACUGUUCAAUAAAAAUUACAGCCUUCUAUAGCUGGUAACUACAACUCAGUUCCUGGUGCACAUGGGUACACAGCACAAAACCAUCCCUAAUUUCAUAUUUAAUUGCAAUCUCACACUGAGUCCAGAGAAUGACUGAUAAAAUGUUGCAUUGGUGCAGUAAAAGGAUGCUUUUCUGAAGCUGAGUUCGAAAUGUGCAAUGCCUGACACACAAUGCUUGACGCUAUAACACUGGACACCUGAAUUUGGGAAGUGCUCCCUCCACUAGAGCUAAUAUUGCUCACUUGAUGACAACAAAAUGAAGAAAAAUCAAGCCUUCUGCAUUGAGCUCCCAUUAACUGGAUCUGAUAUCAGAAAAUGGCAAUUUUACUCACGUGCAACUGAAUUUGCUUCCUCUUAGAGGUAUUUGUAAAUUCAUAAUGUUACAUCUUAAUUGCAAAUAAUUAUGUGAAAGUGUUUUGUGGUGAAUGUGGAUGUUUUCAAAUUAUGAAACCCCUAAGCCUAGGUUUCCCAAUCUUGACGCAGUUUAGAUUGGAAUUUUGUUGGCGAGUUUUAGACAGGUUCAGAUGGAAGUGAGUUGUUUGUGAACUAUUUUUCCAAAUUAGAUCAUUCACAAAGCUUCAGGUGCGAACCUGGGCUGGUGCAGGAAGCACAAUGGGGACGGGAGUGAAAAACCAGUGAGAAGUAAAAUUUAAAGGGAUGUGUCAAAAUAUAGGGACCAAAAUUGAAAAAACCUUUGGCAGCAGUGGGCUUGGUAUCCCAGCUCCCUUUGAACAGGGGAGCCUCCUUGUGCACUAAUUGUGCUACCAAAGCAAGAACUGCCAUCUCUCUCAGUAGAUACGGACACCAGGGUCCCCGUGGCUGGGCACAAAUUGCCAGCGUGGACCCAGACCUGUCUAUGGGUCCUCCUCCUCUUCAAAAUACUACAGGUAACAGGGAGAAGGGGUGUGUACCCAUAAAAAAAUUAAUGGAUUUUUUUAUCGGUACACAAGAGUGAACAAUUGAGAGAUUAAGUGCCUGCAAGACAAAAUAAACAAAAGAAAAUGAGCAUGCAUAAGUGACAACAUUCAUGAAAUAUCACAGCUGGAAUUUAUUUAUGCAGGCCUUUAAAAUCAGUUUAAAUUCUGUUGAUACCUUUAGCAACGCUGGACAGCCAUUUCACAUGGGUGCCCUUUCAAAACAGUGUUCUGCCUACCUGAAUGUUGGCAAGCGCCAGGCAUGAUGGACACCACCAACACCCUACCCAACAUGAAUAUCUGAAUGAAGAGGUCACCUAUUUGAGGCAGAGGGUUCCAAAGCUGUUGAUUCCCAUUCCCCAGAAUGAUACUAUGAGACCAUGUGCAGGAUGGCAGCGAGGCAGAGUUCCCAUCCAUUCACCAUGACCAGACACCCAAAACAAAUUAUUACUACACAUGGCCGACAGCAGAAACACGAAGCUCAUUCCUGUCUUACAAGAUGACUUUUUUGAGAUCUAUGCAGUAUGAUUCGUCCCUCAAAUGAAUAUCGGUAUUACAUUGACAAUAGAAAAUUUAGAAAUGUGCCCACUCACAAUUUGCAAUGUGUAUUUUUUAUUCAACAUUAAUUUAAAUAUUUCUGACCUUAAUUAUUUGUGUGACUGCUACAGACUUAAUAAUCAGUGCACACUAAAGUUUUCUAAAAAAUUGUUUGUGGAUGCAAUUUUCAACUGAAAACCUUCUAGACAUGGAUGACUCCAUGCAAAUUAUAUUCACAACCAAGACCAUCCAGUGCCAUUACACUGCAGAACUUGUAGAUGUGUCUUUGUUUUUGUUUUUGAAAAUGGUUCACAAGACACAAGAUGACGGCGCAAGUGGCCAUUACUCAGAUCAUCAAAUCCAUUGGCACUUUUUACUCCCUUUUUUGGAGUUCCUCAGAUCUGAUGUUGCUGUGAACUGUUAUAACAAUUUGCAAUAAUAUAGCACCCCUGAUGUAGAAAAAUAUCCCAAUGCGCUGUAUUGAUUUUUAAACAGAAGUGGAAUGUAACCCUUUAAUUGCUUGUUGGUGCCUUUCUGAUUGACUAUAUACGGAUGACAAAAUAGGCUCAAAGAUUUUUGCUGUAAAUAAAAUAUUAUGUAUAUUUAUUUUUAACCUAUACAGUAUUGUUGGAAUGGAAAUGAUGGCAAGAGACCUUGUGAUUUGGAAUCUUGAUUAACACAGUGAAGCAGUAGUAACAGGCUAAGACUGUGAAACAGGGUGGAGAUUGAGGUUAUUGUAGGUGGGAUUUCUUCCCUUUCUCCGUGCCUCCAAGACUAGGAAUUGUUAAGGAUUUAUUGUAGCAAACAUGUUUAAUGAAUGCCUAUCACCAUCUUCUCAGGACAGUGAGGAAUGGGUAAUAAAUGCUAACCUUGCCAGCAAUGCCCACAUCCUGAGAAUGAAUGAAAAGAAUAUGAAAGUCUAAAUCAACAUGUGUGUCAAUAAUAUCUGUCUAAUAUGCCAUGUGUUUGCACAUAGUUUACUUACCAGGUGUCAGGCUCGAUUUCAUAAAAGAUGCCAAGGUAGUGAGUGCAAAGUGAAUUGCCUAGUCAAUACAUCAGGAUGCUUUCCACCAGUCCUGUCGAUUUCAAUGGAAAAGCACAAAUGGCCAAUAUUUACAUUCAGAUUGAAUGCCACAGAGUAAUUAUAAAAAAAUCCUGAGAUUGAAUGUUUGCCAGCCUGGUUUCUAGCCCACUUUUUCUUUGGUGAUAGUGGGACGCUAAGCUGGCUUUUAUGCUUCCAUAGGGCAAAAAUGACAUUAUUCUAAGUUCAAGCAUAUCAUACUAAUCCAAAAUGCUACUAACUCUAAUGCAGCAUAUGUGCUUCCUGCAGAUAACAUAUUCAUUAUUUUUAUAACAUUUAAAGAAAUAACGUGAAAAAAGUAAGCUAUAUUAUAUGAAAUUGUGUUUAACAUUUAAAUGUGAGUCCAGCCUGGGCUUAGUUUUCAUUCUGAGCACAUGGGACACAAGGUAUUCAAAAUUUAAUGAAAAGUAGCAGCAAGUUAAGUAAGCUUACAGCUGACUUAAUACAUAGGGACAAAUUGAAUAGUUUAAUGCAUAUCUAUGUAUUUGGUAUGUAUACAGACAGCCAAUUACAUUCAUAACCAAUACCAUCCAGUGACAGAGAAGAAGAGUUGAAUUACGUGCAGCUUUAACAGGAAUUCAAAAGUAAAAGUUGGCAUAAACUUUCUAUUUUGAUUGGUUAUCUCAUGCAAUCACUUUCAUUGGAACCAGGUAAUUAUUAUUUACACCUAAAAGCUUUUGAAGUAAAUUUAAUGGGUUGGGUUACAAUUCAUCAAAAGCCGGUAUUGUCACUAGUUGUAUUUUAGCCCAUCGAUGCUAAUCUACUUUAGAAAUCCACUCAAGCAAUGCAGUUUAAAUUUGGUGCGCUAUGUGUCUUGGUGAUACCCUUGAUUCAUCAUCUCAAAUUGUUCGCAAAACUACCACACCAAGGACUGUAGCCAAAUCACCCUCAUGUUAUAUAACUCAAAAUGCUUUCUAGCCACAUUCCAAUUAUAAAGCGAUAAAAUCCAUUUCUGUAUAACAGCAUGGUUUCUUUUAUAAUUAGAGUGGACAAAAUAUAAACAUAUUCACAUUUUACUGAAAUCCUAGCAACAACACUCUAAUAAAUUGCAAUUUCUGCAGAAAGCCAAAUUUUGACAUUAAUGCCAAAUACACUGUAGGAGAGAGUUUGGAAGCUUCGGUCUCACAGGGAAGUCUUCUGACAGCUAAUCCUCUGCUGUUGUCAAAAAAUAAUCACCUCAACAGAACAUACAAAUGUGGAUCAAAAAGGUGAGGCAGGCUGUUAUUGACUAACAUUGUCUUUUUGUUUUUGACGAGGUUAUACCUGUAUAUGAAUGCUUUAUCCCUUCCUUUUUGGAGACAGUGUUGAUGAAUGGUUAGAAGUGAUUGAAAUGCAGUCCUUUUCUACUGUCUGGACAGAAGAUGGGGAUGAACUUGCAUUUCAGUGACUCAGAAAAACACCCAGCAUCCACAUAUCUUAAAAGCUGUUCCAUAAUUUUUUUGAAAACAAAAGCUGUUAUAUUAUAUUUAAAACAUAAGUAUGUAAUUGUAUAGAACCUAAGAGGAUGUGGAUUAAAAUAAAAGGGAAUCUAUUUGUUUUUCCUUAUGGCUUGCCAUUAACUUCUAUUUAUCAAUACAAUGUAAAUACUAAUUCACAUUGUGUCUUGUGUGUUCACCGGUGUAUAUUAUUCCAGCUUAUUUCUGAAUAAAAUAUAUGCAUGAAACUA